AGUUUGUGGUUGGUUGUUGGCUGCCAUCUUGGACCUCGAUCGUUUGAGAAGCCGGCCGCCCGCAAAAAUCUUCGAGUUUCACGCGUUCGCGCGGCCUCACGUAUUCCUUAAGUAGGUUGCGUGGUUUUACGACGAAUUUAGAGAUCUGUUGCGGUCAAUUUAAUCAAGAUUCGGGUCCGGAAUGCAUUAGACAGUGAAAGAAUUGCACUCCACAAAACAAAUAGUAGUAGUGAUAUAUCAGAAAAAAUGGCACUACCUAGUAGAGCGCGAGUUUACACCGAUGUGAAUUCACACAAGUCUAGAGAUUAUUGGGACUAUGAAUCCUAUGUUGUUGAUUGGGGACAACAAGAUGAUUAUCAACUAGUGAGAAAAUUAGGCAGAGGAAAAUAUAGUGAAGUAUUUGAAGCUAUUAAUAUUACAAAUAAUGAAAAGUGUGUUGUAAAAAUUUUAAAGCCUGUAAAAAAGAAGAAAAUAAAAAGGGAGAUUAAAAUCUUAGAAAAUCUAAAAGGAGGGACCAACAUAAUUACACUCCAAGCUGUUGUUAAAGAUCCUGUAUCAAGGACACCGGCACUGAUAUUUGAACAUGUGAACAACACAGAUUUCAAGCAAUUAUACCAGACGCUAACAGACUACGACAUAAGAUACUACCUCUACGAAUUAUUAAAAGCAUUAGAUUAUUGCCAUAGUAUGGGAAUAAUGCAUAGGGACGUUAAACCGCACAACGUUAUGAUAGAUCAUGAAAAUCGAAAGUUACGAUUAAUCGAUUGGGGUCUAGCAGAAUUUUACCAUCCUGGUCAAGAAUAUAAUGUACGAGUAGCCUCGCGUUAUUUUAAAGGUCCAGAACUACUUGUAGAUUAUCAGAUGUAUGAUUAUUCAUUAGAUAUGUGGUCUCUUGGAUGUAUGCUUGCAAGUAUGAUAUUCAGGAAAGAACCGUUUUUUCAUGGACACGAUAAUUACGACCAAUUAGUGAGAAUUGCAAAAGUUCUUGGAACUGAAGAAUUAUUUGAAUAUCUUGAAAAAUAUCAUAUUGAAUUGGAUCCUCGCUUCAAUGAUAUUUUAGGCCGACAUUCACGUAAACGCUGGGAACGUUUUAUGCAUUCAGAGAAUCAACAUUUGGUAUCACACGAAAGUCUUGAUUUUCUUGAUAAACUUUUGCGUUAUGAUCAUUAUGAAAGACUCACUGCACGUGAAGCUAUGGAACAUCCCUAUUUUUAUCCAAUAGUAAAAGAUCAGGGUCGAUUGAACAUGGUAUCAUCGUCACCUACUCCCAUAACAGGUUCGUUGCCUGUAGGUGAGUAACGGCCCAGGUAAUGUCACCACCUCAAUUUCCAAUUUAUAAUUAUUUAACCAUAUCAUUCACGUAUUGUUGAAUCGACCAUGAGAAUGCCGUGAAUAUAUAAUUUCGCAUCUUCGAAUAAGAUGCGUAUCGAUUGAACAUCCAUGAAGUUUGUAUUGAUUCGAAUUUACAACUUCUAUUUUACGAUAUUUAUAAAAAACAAAGAAUGAGAAAAAUGCCGGAAAUAUGAACAUGUGUUUGUAUUAUAUUGUACGAAUACGUAGUUCUGUUGGCACUCAAUUGAAUGCAUGAAAUCAAUUGUUGACAUCGUCCGGCAUUGUAAAAUUUAACUAAUUCGCAAUGAUAGAUAAACACUGUUUUUGUAAAGUGUUUAAACGUUGAGCGUGGAAACACAUUUAUGUUGAAAUAAAUCAGUAAUAUUAAGUAUCCAUCGGAAACUUUUCCCAUUGCGAAUUAGUUAAAGUAAAAAACUGUGUUACGCUUUACGCAAGGUCAUUCCAGUCAUCUAAAUAAUGAGACCAAGAUUUUUUAUGUUUUGGCCAGAAUAUAAACAUCUAUUAAUGAUUUUUCUUUAAUCUGAAGUUUCUCAGAUGUAUGGAAUGACUAAUGCGACUUAUAGUCAUAUUAUAAAAAAAACAUACGAAAUAGAAUAAUGUCGACUGUUAAAAAUAUGAUUACGAUCUUCUUUUAAGUAAUACGUAUUUUAUUUUUCACGAUACAUUGUACUUUAGAAUUUCAAAUUUUCUCGACUAUUUUUUUAUCUUCUUUUUCGUCUUUUUAACAAGAAGAUCGUUUCAAAUGGUCAUAAUGUGACUAAAAAUGCAACUAAACAAAUGUUUGAUUUAAAAUAUUUAAACGAUUCAAGUCUAUAUGUCGUUUAGUAUCGAUUAAUAUAUAAUUAGAAUAAAAUGUAUAAAAUGCUGACUUUUCUUAUAUUGUUAUAUCGAGUAUCAGUUAUAGCAAUGCCUCGCCGAUUAUGAAGGAUGAUGUAUUUUUUCCUCGAGGAAGAAGUCGCACGUACUAUUAAUAACACUUGAAAGAAAAUGUUUGAUUCCUCCUUAUUAAAUGGUGAAUAUUAUAGAAAUUAAUUUAUUUAAACACGGAUCUGACUAGUGCAAUAGCUUCAAAAAUUUUCAAUUCAAUUUAAAUGAGAUAAUCGUUUACUGGGUAAUGUUUAAUAAAUAAUAAAUAUAAUGUGCAAUUAAAACCUUAUAAUCUAAAGAGUAUACCAAAUAUAUUAUUUCCAAAAUUUAUUAAUCAUUAUGGUAACAGAUAUAUAAUCUUUUUUUUUUCUUAAAUAAUUAUUGGUAUUAGACGACAACUGGACUUGAAUUGCUUAGUCAUUUUAAAACAGACAUUUUUUAGUCAAUAUGCGUAUUAAGGAGCGUGCGAAGAAUCAAACAUUUUCAUUUAGGUAUCGAUACUUCGCGCGAGGGGCUUAAUCCCAUCCCUAAGCGUGACUGUGAGCAGCGUACCGGUUCGUGGAAUAAACCGACUGAAAAAUAUGGUGGGACAAGUUGGAAAUGGGACUCAGAAAACGAUGAAGUAUUCAUCACAUCCAUUACAUCCUUAACAUACAGUUUUCAACUUUUGAUUAUUUAUGUACGAAAAGUUGAAUCUUCCAUUCCACCUAAAUUUGCAAAUUUAAGAAGAAGAAAAAUAUAUUAUGUGAUGGUGGACCACUCCUUACAUAAAUGGCAAUUAUAUUUUGACGUGGUGUAUAAAAUUCUACAUUUUAGACAUUCCUUGAUUUUCAACGUGGGUAUUACUUAAAGGAAUUCAGGUUUGAUAUAUUGGAAAUAAACUUUAUGCGAUAAAAUUUUAAAUGGCAUAAGAAGUAAAUGAUACGUUUCAAAGUAUUUUUGUUACAUUGCAAAUCAUUUAGAAACAGAAGAAAGUUUACAACAUUAAAAUUAAGUCUAUGAAGUACGUGCUCUGUCCAUAUUGGCCGGUAUGCAUGUGCUGUUAAUAAUUGUAUGUUUCUUUUCUGUGUUUUUAUUAUCUAUCAUUUCUAUUGUGUUCCUUUGACGCUGCUACUAAUGUCACGAUCGCGGGAAAUCUGUAAAUGCAUAAAGACGCGAUUAGAUCAUGUUAUGUCACUUGGAAGAUCGUCCGUUAUUACAUGAGACAUUAUAAUGAAAAUGAUGCAAAACAAACCAUGUGUAUUUGCAUCUAUAAAGCGCGUACUACACACACAACACAUAGCACGUAUGUGCUUACACUUAACAUGUACCUUAGGCCGCUCGGUUUAGUACUUUUAACGAUGAUAAAAAUGUUCGUUUAUAUCUGAUACAAUGAUAGUUGAAUAAAAUGUUUGUUAUAGCCAA